UCUCCGCUCCACAGGCCACAUCUGCCCCGAAAGGAACUGCUAGGUUGCUAACAUAUCAUGAUCUACUAUCGUCGUGCCCAUGCAAUUAAUAUAUGACUAAGCUCGCCUUUGUAUCAUAUCAGUUAGCUAGCCAUCUGGACUUGUCUUUACCCAGAAAUGGCUCUGCAUAUUGCGCUGCGGCGCAUUAACGCCGUGCGAACCCCAUUCUCUCCUGGCCGGACUUUUCUUCGUCGCAAUCUCACUCCUGCCCCGCACGCCAACUCGGGCCCUUUGAUGGAACGACGGGCAGACCGCGAACUGCCCUCUGUAAACAAGGACCGACGGUGGAUGCGGACCUUACCAAUAUUUGCUAUCGCUGUCGGAGCUGCGAUGCUAGGGAUUUUCAACUACCAGAAGUCGUCUUCAAGCGUGGUUAGCAGUACCCUUUAUGCUCUUCGCACCUCCCCGCGUGCUCGCGAAAUCCUGGGCGAUGAGAUUUACUUUGCUCAAAAGAUACCAUGGAUCAGUGGGGAAAUGAAUCAGCUACAUGGACGUAUCGACAUAUCCUUCAGGGUCAAAGGAACAAAGUCGCAGGGUACAAUGAGGUUCCGCAGCAUCAGGCCAGACCGAAUGAGCUAUUUUCGUACUGAGGAAUGGAGUCUAGAGACGGAGGAUGGCACCGUCGUUCAGCUCCUUGACAGCGCUAGUGACCCAUUUCGUCAGCACGACUAAUUACCAUCAAGUUCCCCUGGAAGCUGCAUCCUUGCAUAUGCGUGGUAUUGUGCAGCACUUUCAUCAUUGUAUAUCUUGAAGCUCUCCGUGCACUAAUCUAGGCAUGUAAGCGCCGGGGCCAUGGCACUUUUGG